CAUUAAGACCACAACAAAAUUACAAUUUCGUUAUGUGUCUUGCCAAAACACAACGGAAUUGUGAGUUCGUCGUGUGUUAUACCAAAACACACAACGAAAUCAUGAUUUUAUUGUGUUUUGGCAAGAGAUUCCAUAGUGUGUUAUGCCAAAACACAUAACAGAAUCACAAUUUUGUUAUGUGUCUUGCUAAAACACAUAACAAAAUUGAUGAAACAAACAAUAGAGGGUUGGGAAGAGUUUUUUAGGGAUGGGGUUAGAGAAGGAGGAAGGAGGAACUUGAAGAAGAAAGAAGGAGGAAGGGGAAGGAGGGUGCCAAGAAGGGGAAGGGGCGUGGGCAGGAGGGAGGGAGAAAAGACUUUUCCUCUCUAGGUAGGGCCCAAGAGCAAAUUAUACAGGGGCCAAUAGUAAUCCUCCAAAAUGAUUAGCCUCGACCUUGUACUUUUACUAUAGACUUCAAUAUUUACCUUAAAUUUUGAGUCCCAAUUGGUGAAACUUUUUAACAACCCAUUUUAUUCUUUUAAUUUCAAACUAUUAUUAAUCUUUUUAUUAAUUUCUAAGUUUCAUUAUUAUUUUAAUAUUGUGGUCAUUUUAUUAGAAAAACUUGAAUUUUGGUUAAAAAUAGUUUCAGUGGUUGAUUAAGAAAAGUACAAUAAAUGAAAAAUAAUUAAAUUUAUUUAAUCAAUUUAAUUAACUACUAUGUUUAUUAUGUUUGUUAGUUUAGAUUAAUCAACACACAUAAUGUUGGUGUCUUCAUCGGAUCACAUACCUUGCGAGAAGGAAAUUAAGUAGCAAAUUCUCUAGCUAAUCAUGGUUUGAUGUUGAAUGGUCAAUUACAUAUUUUUUAUUUUGUUUCUGAUUUUUUAUGUAACAUUAUUGUAAUGGAUGUAAGUUGUAUUGCGUUUCUCUGCAGUUUUUAAUGUUAUCUUGUUGGUGGUGUUCCCACUCCUAUAUAUAUAUAUAUAUACAAACAAGGCCCUGACUACUUUUUCUCUGUCCUGUUGACACCUGUCCAGUUGUAGGCCUUCUUUUGCUCAUCUUUUGCUCAUUGCCGUGUUUAAUGCUUCUUCUUUCCUCAUUCUUGUGUGUUGCCACCUGUCCUGUUGAUUGCUCACUUCAGUGCACGUGUGUUGUCUCUUUGUUUAUGUUCGUCCUCUUUGUUUAUGUUCGUCCGUCCUGUCCCUUUUCUGCUUUCCAUUUUUUUUCCCAUUUCUUCUUUUCGCAUUUUCUGUGCUCACUCCGUUCACUAUUUCUCUCCUUUGCACUUGCUUUCUGAACUUUUGGUUUGUGUUGCAUUUGCUUUUUUUUUUUUUCGGUUAUGUGUUCAUUGUCAGUUUAGCUUUUUUAGUUUCCUUUGGACUAAAGUGCUGAGAACAUGCGUGAGCUUUGCCUGAUUCUGAUUUACAUUGCUACUGUUUAUGCCUUUCUGUUUGUUUUGAUGCCUACAACUGUUUCUAUUUUGUUUUUUUUAAACAGGUUUGCAUGCAUAUGUUUGUUUUGGCCUUUAUGUUCGUUUGCAUGCAUGUUUUCAAAAACAUUUACCUUUGUGUUUGUUUUUUAUGUGUAUUGUUUUGGACUCUUCAUUUUCCUUCAUGUUUAAAGCUUUGCCUUUGUAGUUGGGUUUUUUUGUGUAUAUUUGCUUUGUACUGAAAAAAAAAAUAUAUACUUGAGCUUUUUGUCUCAUUUUUAUUGUCAUUUAGUUUCGUUGUAUUUGGUUGUAUAUUGUUUAGGAAUGAAAACAAAUGUUGUCUCAUUUUGGUUUUUGCUUUGGACUAAAAAUAAAUGUAACCUUUGUCUCAUUGUCAUUCUCAUUUUGAUUAGUACUGUUUGACUUCUUCUAUAUCCAAUCGUGAAGCUGUCAUUUGAUUCUUCUUUUUCCAGGUUUCUAUUUUCGUCCAACUUUUUUUGCCGGAUUGCUCCUGUUUGCUGCUGUUUGCAAAACCAAAAAGGUUUGCUAAUUGAUGUCUCGCAAAGAAAAUCUGAUAUCUGAGUUACACACCAUAAAAGGAACAUGGAAAAUAGAUGUGCGUAUCACUGAUCUUUGGCAAGCUCGAAAGCAAAAUAGUAAACAAACAAUUGAGAUGGUGUUGAUGGACCAAACGGUUAUUGUUUUGUUCUUCCUGAUUGUUGUUAUUACUAAUUUAUAUUGUAUGUCAUGUCACUUCAUUUUAUGAUUUAAGUGUUUCAGGGUUCAAAAAUUGGAGUUACUCUCUGGCAAGAACUCUUCACUGAAUUGCGGGACAAGUUACAGUGUGGUUCUUCUUAUUUGAUUCAGAACCUGAGGAUUGUUGACAACCAAUCUGAAUACAGAGUCAGCCCAGCUCCAUAUUUGGUUUAUUUCCUAAAAACUACAUCUGUCAAGGAAAUUCACCGUCCAGAAAUUCCUUCUAAUGUUUAUCUCAUAACUCCUUUUACUGAUAUAAUCUCUGGCCUCGCACCACGCCAUACUUUAGUGGGUCUAUUUGUUUAGUUUUUUGUUUAGCCAACAAUUUUAUAUGCAUCUUUGUGUCAGACUAACAUUUGUCUUGCCUGACUAUGUUUGACAAGAUAUUGUUGGUGUCAUUGCUGAUCUGAUCGAUGUUAAGACAGUUAAUCCCCCUCACAGGAUGAUAGUCAGACUCAGGGAUAACAGUAACUGCGACAUUCUAAUAACUGUUUGGGAGGACUAUGCUAUUAAGCUACAUGAUGCUAUUGACAGAAACCUUCUGCUUCAGGAACCAUUGGUUGUUAUGUUGACCUUAGGUAAAAUCAAAGAUGCUACAGACAAGUAUCCCCUAAGGGUGCGGAAUAUCAAAUUUGGAUCUAAAUUGUAUGUCAACGCUAAUAUUACAGAGAUACACGAAUUUCGUCAAAGAUGGUUCUCAGUCCCAAUCUAGCCAGAGUAAUGUGGUGGAAAAAUUUCUGCAGAAUGCUCAAGUGGUCAGUAUAGGUGAAAUCAACAAUCUCAGACAGGAUUGUUACUGCUUAACUGUUGGAACAGUUGACGAAAUCAUUAUUGAUGCUCCAUGGAGUUAUGACAGUUGUCCUAACUGUACAACGACAUUUGAUCCAUCAAAAGGUGGUUCAGAUUUCCGUUCUUGCCAUACCAGUGUGGUCGACACAGUUCCAUGGGAUAAAUUAAAUGUUAGGAUGGAGCAUAAUGGGGACAAAGGAAACUUCCUUCUCUGGGAUGCAACAUGUAUCAAGCUGUUUGGUAAAACUGUUGGAGAAUGUCGAGAUGAGUUGAUAGCGGCUGGGGAUGAUAUUAAGGUAUUUCCAGCGUGUGCUGAUGAAAUCCUGUUGAAAACUUGGGCUGUCAGAUUUAAGUUUCGUUCACAAUUACGCCAAUCAUCUAUGUUGGAUGUGAGUGAAGAACUCCAUCAUAUUCAAUCAUUGAUAGCCACCCUUGGGUUGAAGGAACAAUCAAGUAAGGGAAAAGGAAUAGCUGUUGAGCCAAAAAGUUCACCACCAAUUUUUGUUCCCACGCCAUCGUUGUCACAGUCUUCUGAUUACGAUCCUGGAAACUCUACAUGUUUAACUCCAACCAAAAGGAUUAGUUGUCAGCAAACCAGUUCUGAUUUUGAUUCUGAUGAGCAUGCACAGUAUCAGUUAUCAACUAACAAACAUAUUCAGGCUGAGUAAUUGGGACUUUGACAAUCCUGUGGCUUCAGCUUCUAUGUUUUGUUUAACAUCAAUUUGAUCAUAUUUAAUCUGCUCACUGAGUAGAUAUGACAAUA